GAGAACUGAAGAAAGCCAGGGGGCACCUGGCUGUGAGCUGUCACUGCUGCCCCGCGUCUCUUCCACCGACCGACGCUCUCACCCGCAGAGGCGGAUCUGACUGCGAGGACCGAGCCGCUCAGCUGAACCCCCCCACACCCACGCCACCUCCAAGACCCAUAGACGCGCGCGCUUCAGGCUUAAGCAGCCCUCCUCAUAUUCGGUCAGGUCUAGCACAUUGCUACCUCUGAUCCAUCCAAAAUGGCUCCUACUCUGGCCACGGCCUUCUCCCGCCGCUGGUGGAUGGCGGUUACAGCAGUCAUUGAGAACCUGCUUUUCUCUGCUGUGCUUCUUGGCUGGUCGUCCCUGCUCAUCAUGCUCAAGUCGGAGGGCUUCUACUCUUACCUGUGCAAAGGACGAGAAAACAGCUCCAGCUUCAACUUCUCCAACACAUCCACCCCUGCAGCCAAAGGUGCAGACGAAGAGUACUUGGAAAUGAACAGCUGGCCCAUCUGCAAAGACCAGGAUGAGAUGCUGAACCUGGCCUUUACUGUGGGUUCCUUCUUGCUGUCAGCCAUAACUCUGCCCCUGGGUAUUAUCAUGGACAAAUACGGGCCGCGGAAGCUGCGACUGUUGGGGAGUGCCUGCUUUGCCUUCUCCUGUCUUCUCAUCGCCUAUGGUGCCAGAGACCCCAACAAUCUGUCCAUCCUGAUCUUCUUCGCAUUGGCAUUGAAUGGGUUUGGAGGCAUGUGCAUGACCUUCACUUCACUGACGCUGCCCAACAUGUUUGGAGAUCUGAGGUCGACCUUCAUUGCCCUGAUGAUUGGAUCCUAUGCUUCCUCUGCUGUCACUUUCCCUGGCAUCAAGGUGAUCUAUGAUCUGGGUGCCACAUUCAUCUCCAUCCUUCUGGUUUGGGCCGGCUGUGCCUGCCUCGUCUUCUUGAACUGCUUCAUCAACUGGCCUUUGGAGCCCUUCCCUGGCCCAGAAGACAUGGACUUCACGGUGAAAAUCAAAUUCAGCUGGCUGGGAUUUGACCAUAAGAUCACCGGGAAGCAGUUUUAUCGGCAGGUGACCACAGUGGGACGCCGUCUGAGCGUAGGCCAUGCCAUAAAGCAGCAGGAGGCACCCUCCAAAGAGCUGUCCACACAAGAGGCCAACAAGCUGUGCCUGUCCACUGUUGACCUGGAGGUGAAUUGCAAGAGUCAGGAGGAAACUCAGAGCUUCAUGAAGAGUAUCUUCAGUCCCAUCUUCUUGCUGAGCCUUAUCACCAUGUGUGUGACUCAGCUGCGCCUCAUAUUCUACAUGGGAGCCAUGAACACUAUCCUGGAGUCCCUAACAGGCAGAGACCUCAGCACAGUGAGCGUGUACACCUCCAUCUUUGGCGUGCUCCAGCUCCUAUGUCUGGUCACCUCUCCUGUCAUUGGCUACGUCAUGGACUGGAAGCUUAAAGACUGUGAGGAUGAAAACGACAAGAGCACCAAGAGAGAGCCUGGGCAGCCCCGUCGCCCUGACAAACGAAUCCAGAAGAUCGUCAAUGCCACCAGAGCUUUUAUCUUCACCAACAUACUCCUUGUUGGCUUUGGAGUCACCUGCAUCAUCCCCAACCUCCCACUUCAGGUUGUCUCCUUUGUCCUGCACACUAUUGUGAGAGGCUUCAUCCACUCUGCAGUUGGCGGGCUUUAUGCUGCUGUGUAUCCAUCCUCGCAGUUUGGCAGCCUGACAGGCAUGCAGUCUCUGAUCAGCGCUCUGUUCGCCCUGCUCCAGCAACCUCUCUUCAUGGCCAUGGUGGGACCCCUGGAGGAAGACCCCCUAUGGGUGAACGUGGGUCUCCUGGUGCUGAGCAUGCUGGGUUUCUGCCUGCCCUUCUACCUGCUGUACCACAGCCGCCAGCUCCAGCGCCUCCGAGACGAACGUGACAAAGAUCCCAAGAUCUACGUUAAGAUGAACAACGGCAGCACGCCCGAGGCCUGCGUGUAGACGGGCAUGAAGACGAUUUUUACAAAGUAGAUGAGCUACACUAAAGAUGGAGGGGACUGAGGUCACGUUACUGUGGGACAUGUGACGAACGAAUUCACUCUGAGACCGCCGCACCUCACACUCACAAAUCUUACAUUCCGCAUGCUCACACAGAUGCACACACUUCCACCAUCAUACUGACACCCAUAUGUGACUGAACACCACUGUGACACCUCCUUCACCCUCUCUGUGAAGAACCCCUAACACACACACACACACACACACACAUUCUUUCCACAUGGAGAGCUUUCAGUUCCUUGACUUCACCCGUGAACUGAGGAGAAAACUGACUAAAGGGAGAGAAAAGAAGCAGCUGCUUCAACCUCCCCAAAGGUUCCUCCUCUCUCUUUUUUCUUCAUGUCUGCCAUUUUGUAUUUCAUGCUGGUUUAGCUUCUCCUAGUCCUACUCAAGAGACCACAGGAGAAGAAGAUGCCAAAACAAAUGUUAGUGGCAGUGUUCAAAGGUUUUAGACAUUUGCUUUAUGAUUGCCCAGGAUGGUCUGGUUUUUGUUUCGGUGAGAAGAAGCACACAUACUCAGACCCACUCAGCACGGAGAUGCUGGGCCACGACAUCUCCGUGCUCUCUUGUGCACAAGGGCAUUAACUCAAUAAGAACCCACAGACAGCAGCACUGGUAGCAGUUUAGAUGGAAACCUGGACAGGUUUGAGCUCAGCGCACGAUACAUAGCCUCAGUGUGUGCGUGACUGGGUUAGACACACACUGCAUGAUGCCAGCGAUGGUGCUGGUCCAUUAUUACUGUUGCCAUUAUUUUCUUUUGUUUUGUUUCUUUGUCCAUAUGUUUGAAAUAUGUAACCUUUUUUUGUAUUUACUUGCAAUAUGAUCUUGUGUGUUAGGUGUUUAUUUCUUUUGCAUGAUCUCAAGCUAUUAAGGUGGAAAUGAUUUUAGACAUAUUGUGUUUUCAAAGGUUGGUGUGGUAGCUAGGUGAAUUUUAGGAUCUUGAUUGGUUGUAGCAAUAAGUCUUCAGCGAGGUAUAACAUGCUGAAAUCCAGACAGACAGGACAUUCAGUGGACUGCAUUUCCAAAUCACAAAAAGGUGCUAGUUUAAUCACAGAAAUGUGUCCGUUGCAUUUGCUUUAAGGCACUGUUAAGGUCAUCAGAUUACCAACUUAAGGCAUGUUCCAAAGAAUCAGUCAGAUUAUGUUUUGCUUGGUAUCACUUCUGCUCGGUCACACAAACUCUGGGAUUCUUGAAUUCACCUCUUACAGACAAAGGGAGAUUUAGCUUGAUGGUAGCAGAGUGAAACAGACACAAUCUUCCAGCUUCUGAGGAAAGACACCAGCGUUCUGAGACUAAGUACAGACAAUAAAGCAGUCUUUGUCUUUCAAGCAGAAGCCCAGAACAGAAGCAUGGAGUGUGUAGACGAUGGAGCAGGGAGAUAAUAAUUCAAUCUGCUGUCCUCAAAUGUCAUACAGAGAAGCUCCUCUGACACGCCCCGCCCCCAACUUGCAGUACGGUGACAGAGGCACAUCCAAAGACAGCCUCAUGACCCUCAGAGUUCCUCACUGUGAUAGGGGUAGUGGAUCUGGGUAGCAUUUAGCCCCGCUCUUCCUCCCAUCUAGCCAUCAUCCAUUCAUCUAUCCUUUCAUCUGUGCUACCUACUCAAGCACACCUUAAAAUGUUUACUGACAGAACUGAGAGACAAAGCUCUGCAGCCAUCAUAUGCUCCCAGCGAAUGACUUCAUUAAGACAAGAAUGGCACACGAUGCACUUUAGAGCCUCUAAAAUGGACCUGCCUGCCCAUGUAUCUAUCACACAGUGCAUGGCUGCUUAUGGAUGGUGCAUGAUGCAAAGAAUGUAGACUGAACUUAAAAUCUAGAUUUGUAAUUUACAAUUCAGUUAUUUUUGUAUAAUGCCCUUGCUUCACACGAUCCUUUUAUUGCCUUUUUGUGCUUGGACAGUGGGGCAGAGACUCGUCUUUCAGUUCUGCAACCUUCACAGGACGAACCAGUCGCAACAAUCUCAUCCUUGAUGAACUAAUUAAGGUUUAAAGAAUCAGUAGAAGACUGUAUGGGUUAAAGUUGGUGCAGAAAUGAUUUUAGUUGGAUGAUAGGGAAAAAGUGUGCAUUUGUAAUUAAAGGUGUUUGCAUCUCUUUAUCUAACUGAAUGGUGGCCUUUUUGGUCAUAUAUUACAAUCCUGACUGACUGUAUUUCCAUAAAUGCAGAUCUUAUUUCAUACGUCCACAUGUCUUGUUGUUUGGAGCAGUUAGCUAGCACAAAAGGUAUUGGAUAUAUCAGACCUGAACAGAUCUAAAUAUUUAUCAUUCUGCCAUCUUUAUUUGUAUUUUGUAAAUUCAGAUCCACACAAAGACAACCUCUCAAUAACAGUUUUGUGCUUGUGGGAUAAAACACAAUGGAUUUUUUUUAAAAAUGGAAAUGUAAAGAAUGUAAAGUCAGUGCUCAUAUCUUCACUUACAAAUGUACAGUUUUAUUUGUGGUACAGUUGUCCUUCAUAUGAUUAAAGCCCUAUCUGGACUCCAUAGAGAGUGCCUCUGGUAGCAUGCUGGUGUUUCCUGUAACUUAAAGAAGUGUCCUCUGAGUACAAGCUUGUGCAGGAAUAACAUCACAUGUAAAUGUCAUGUGAAGACAGACACUUUGUGGACGAGUGAGUUUAUUUUUUUUCACAAACUGUAAACCAAUCAGCACUUUUCCUUCAUCGGUGUACCUGAAACACCUCACCCCGUCCUCCCGGCAUCCUCACCUUCAUAGCUUAACCCGAACCUCUGAUAAUUGGAAUUGGUUUAUUGAUCGAUGUAUUGAUGACUUAUUUGUUUUUUUUUCUCAUGAUGAAUUCCCAGACAACCUUUCUGUGUGUUGUGUUUUAUGUCACUGUGUACUGAUAGAAAAUCUAGAUUGGAGCUGAAACUCUGACAUUUUUUUAUCUACCUACCAUGCUUAAUUUUAGUUUUUCUGUCUUUUAUUAUGCUUCUUUGCCUCUGAUGUUUACAAGAAUGUCUUUGUAUUGUCUUGGUUUUUCUUUUGUCUUGUACCACAGUAUAGCCAUUGUCUUGGACUUUCCAACAGAUGCUGUUUCAACUAAAAAAAAAAAAAAUCAAUAUAUGAAGCAAAAUAAACAAUAAUUUGUA